ACUUACUUCGUCUUCUUCUUCUACUUCAUCUUCUUCUUCUUCUUCUUCUUCUUCUUCUCGAUUUAGAACUAUGGAUACUAAGAUCGGAUCGGUGGACGCGGCGGCGGAGGCGAAGGCGAACGGCGUCCUGGGCUGCCCGCCGGGGACGGGGUGCAGCGCCGUCGCCCCAUCCGCGGUGGUCCCGGCCGCCGGAACCUGCGAGGCCACCCUCGGGCGCCACCUCGCCCUCCGCCUCGUCCAGAUCGGCGUCAGCGACGUCUUCUCCGUUCCCGGAGACUUCAACCUCACCCUGCUCGACCACCUCAUCGCCGAGCCCGGCCUCCGCGUCAUCGGGUGCUGCAAUGAGCUCAACGCCGGGUACGCCGCCGACGGCUACGCCCGCGCCCGCGGCGUCGGCGCUUGCGUCGUCACCUUCACCGUCGGCGGAUUGAGCGUGCUCAAUGCCAUAGCCGGCGCUUAUAGCGAGAAUCUCCCCGUCGUCUGCAUCGUCUGCGGACCCAAUUCCAACGAUUACGGUACGAACCGGAUCCUCCACCACACCAUCGGCCUCCCCGAUUUCUCCCAGGAGCUCCGAUGCUUCCAGACCGUCACCUGUUUCCAGGCGGUGGUGAACAACCUUGAGGAUGCUCACGAGCAGAUCGACACGGCGAUCUCCACUGCCAUCAAGGAGAGCAAGCCCGUCUACAUCAGCAUCGGCUGUAAUCUCUCGGGGAUCCCGCAUCCUACCUUUAGCCGCGAGCCUGUCCCCUUCAAUCUCUCCCCGAGAUUGAGCAACCAGAUGGGGUUGGAGGCGGCUGUGGAGGCCACGGCGGCUUUCUUGAACAAAGCCGUGAAGCCGGUGCUGGUCGGCGGUCCCAAGAUCCGCGUCGCCAAGGCCGGGAAGGCCUUCGUGGAGCUGGCCGAUGCCUGUGGCUACCCCAUCGCGGCCAUGCCUUCCGCCAAGGGCCUCGUGCCGGAGCACCACUCUAGGUUCAUCGGCACCUACUGGGGCGCCGUCAGCACGGCCUUCUGCGCCGAGAUCGUGGAGUCCGCCGACGCGUACCUCUUCGCCGGCCCCAUCUUCAACGACUACAGCUCCGUGGGCUACUCCCUCCUCCUCAAGAAGGAGAAAGCCAUCAUCGUCCAGCCCGACCGCGUGGUGGUCGGCAACGGCCCGGCCUUCGGCUGCAUCCUCAUGAAGGAUUUCUUCCAGGCGCUCGCCAAAAGACUCACCCUGAACACCACCGCGCACGAGAACUACCGCAGGAUCCACGUCCCCGACGGCCAGCCAUUGGAGUGCCAACCCAAGGAGCCACUGAGGGUCAACGUGCUCUUCAAGCACAUCCAAAAAAUGCUCUCCGCCGACACCGCCGUCAUCGCCGAGACCGGAGACUCAUGGUUCAAUUGCCAAAAGCUGAGAUUGCCGGAGGGAUGCGGAUACGAGUUCCAAAUGCAGUAUGGAUCGAUCGGCUGGUCCGUCGGAGCCACCCUCGGCUACGCUCAAGCUGCAACUGACAAGCGCGUGAUCGCUUGCAUCGGAGAUGGAAGCUUUCAGGUGACGGCCCAGGAUGUGUCGACGAUGCUGAGAUGCGAACAGAACUGCAUCAUCUUUCUGAUAAACAAUGGCGGAUACACGAUCGAGGUUGAGAUCCACGACGGGCCUUACAAUGUCAUCAAGAACUGGAACUACACUGCUCUGAUUGAAGCGAUUCACAACGGCGAGGGCAAGUGCUGGACCGCAAAGGUGACCUGUGAGGAGGAGCUCAAGAAGGCAAUUGAGGCAUCGUUGGGGCCCAAGAAGGAUUGUCUCUGUUUCAUCGAGAUCAUCGUGCACAAGGACGAUACCAGCAAAGAGCUGCUUGAGUGGGGAUCUAGGGUUUGUGCGGCGAACAGCAGGUCGCCGAACCCCCAGUGAUCUGAUCUCGGUUUGAGUCUGCAGGAAGAUCGACAAUGUAGGGGUUUUAUUGUGUCGAAUUGCUGCUCUCUUGUCUUCUGAUAAUAAAGAAACAAGUAGUGACUCUCAACACUUUCAGCAUCGCGCUGCGAUUACUUUCACCUGCUGGUGACAUUCCUUUUUUAAUGUAGGGUUUCUUUGCUCCUUGCUGAUAAUAAAGACGCAGCGGUACUCUCUGUUUUUUGAUA